AUGUUCCAGGGAAAUGGAUUGAAAGCGUCUGUUGUCAAUCAAAAGGCUAGUAGUAAUCAAAAAUUUCGUUCUAAUACAUUAAAGUGUUAUACAGAUAAUUCAAGUAAUAUAACAACUGGUCUUAUAUAUCCAAGUCUUCCAAGAGUUAAUAUGUGUAAAACAUCCAGUGACAAUCAAGAAUUGGGUACAUUUCAACGGAAACCUUUCUCGCUAACUUCAUGGAAAGAUGCCUACUCUACAAAGGAAUAG